AUGCAACGUGUCAAAAGCAAACUUGAUGAUCUGCCUUCUACAAAACUCAUUGACUUCCUCAGGUAUGCAUUUUUAAAUGUGGAGAGAAAACACAUGGAGAGAGACGCGUACAGGCCACCAAAUUGCUUUAAUUGUUUUCGUCUUUCAUUUCUAACAGAAGUAAAAUCCAAACGUUGGAGAAAGACAAAAAAGAGAUAGUGGGUGUUUUUGGAAAGACCGGAGCUGGUAAGAGCCUCUUGAUUAAUACCAUCUUGGAUGAGACAAAAUUGCUGCCCUCCGGAAACCAAGGGGCGUGCACCUCGGUCAUGAUUCAGGUGGAGGCCAAUAUGACAGACUCAGACUCAAAAUACAUCGCAGAGAUUGAGUUCUUGACAGAGGAGGUAAUAGCAUCUGUUUUAUCACAAUGUGCAAUUAAUGAAAGUCUUCUUUGAAACAUAUCAAGGCAACCAUAACUACGAUCUGAAUCGAGCUCUGUCAUUGAACCAAUAUACACCUUGCAUUAAUUUAAAAGGAGCAACGAUAAAAGAAACAACAAUACAGUGUUGCUGGGAUGCGUGAUUUGAAGGAGGGUAAAUCACAGUAUACAGAGUUUAUUCCGUAAUCCAGCGUAACCAGUCCAGUGCGCAAAACAGGCACACUGGAUCAAACAUGCACACGGGGAAAAUACCCCAGCAAGACAAAAUACUGAGCUCAACCGAGCUACUAAUCCUCACAAAGAACAAUUACCCACAAGGACAAGGGGGCAGAGAAAACACUUAAACACAUACUAAUGAGGGGAAUAUGAACCAGGUGUGUGUAAUUGACAAGACAAGACAAAUGGAAUGAUGAGAUAUGGAGCGGCGGUGGCUAGAAGGCCGGUGACGACGAACGCCGAAGCCUGCCUGAACAAGGAGGGGAGGCAGCUUGGGAGGAAGUCGUGACAGCACCCCCCCCCCACUGAGGUGGAGAUGCUUCUGUGCGCAACGCCUGCUCUAUAUCCGUGUACAUCAUCCAUACUACCGGCUCCACAAUGCAGGAGGCCGGGAGUUAGGGAGUGUUGACUCUGGGCCUCUCCUCUGUGUCAUACAGCCGUGACAAUGCAUCUGCCUUCACGUUCUUCGUACACGGGAUGUAUGAUAGUGUGAAAUCAAACCGGGUGAAGAAUAAGGCCCACCUGGCCUGGUGAGGAUUCAGCCUCCUCGCUGCCCGGAUGUACUCCAGGUUACGGUGGUCCGUCCAGAUGAGGAAAGGGUGUUUCGCCCCUUCGAGCCAAUGCCUCCACAUGGUCAGGGCUCGGACAACAGCCAACAGCUCCAUAUCACCAACGUUGUAGUUGUGCUCCGCCGGGCUGAACUUCUUAGAGAAGAAGGCACAGGGGCGGAGCUUGGGUGGUGUGCCCGAGCGUGUAGAUAGGACAGCGCCUAUUCCUACCUUGGAUGCAUCCACCUUCACUACGAACGGUAGUGAUGGAUCGGGGUGGGCCAGUACCGGGGCUGAGGGGAACAUACCACUCAGGUUACUGAAGGCCCUGUCAGACUCAGCAGACCGGCGGAGCCGGGAUGGCCCACCCUUCAACAGAGAUGUAAUGGGAGCUGCAACCUUGCCAAAGCCCCAGAUAAACCUCCGACAGUAGUUGGCGAAGCCAAGAAAGCGCUGCACCUCCUUAACUGUGGUUGGAGUCGGCCAAUUACGCAUGGCUGAAAUGCGAUCUCCCUCCAUCUCCACACUUGAGGUGGUAAUGAGGUAUCCGAGGAAGGAGACGGACUGUUGGAAAAACAGACACUUUUCUGCCUUGGCCAUGAAGGUAAUUUUCCAACAGUCGGGCCAGCACUUUGCGAACCAGGGACACAAGCUCGGCGCGCGUAGUAGAAUACAGCAGAAUGUCAUCGAUGUAGACCACUACACCGUGACCAAGCAUGUCCCGAAACACCUCAUUCACAAACGACUGGAAGACGGAUGGAGCAUUCAUCAAACCGUAGGGCAUCACCAGGUAUUCAUAAUGGCCUGUGGUUGUGCUGAAUGCUGUCUUCCACUCAUCCCCCUCUCGGACACGCACCAGGUUUUAGCACUCCGGAGAUCUAAUUUGGUGAAGAAGCGCGCCCCAUGCAUUGACUUGAUCACUGAAGGAAUGAGGGGGAGAGGAUAACUAAAUCGUAUCUUCUCCUUGUUCAGUGAUGGAUAAUAAAUGCAAGGGCGCAGACCGCUGUCUUUCUUCUUCACAAAAAAUAAACUUGAAGAGGUGGGUGAAGUGGAGGGACGUAUAUACCCCUGGCGCAGGGACACUGUGACGUAUGUUUCCAUAGCCUCCAUUUCAGCCUGUGACAGGGGAUACACAUGACUCCUGGGAGGCACAGCGUCUACCCUGAGGUUUAUUGCACAAUCCUUCGUCCGAUGAGGUGGUAACUUGGUUUUCUGUGUUUUGGAAAACGCGUGCACCAAAUCGAGGUAUUCGGGGGGAAUGCGCACGGUGGAGGUACUGUCUGGACUUUCCACCAUGGUUGCACCAACGGAAACACAGAGACACCUACCCUGACACUCUCGCGACAACCCUGUGAGAACCCUCUGUGACCAUGAGAAUAUGGGGUUGUAGAGUGCUAACCAAGGGAUACCUAGUACCAAAGGGAAAGCAGGAUACUCAAUAAUAAAAAACGUGUCUCGUGGGUAACCAUGGUGAUUGGUGCAGUAACUUCCCUAACAAACCCGGACCCUAAUGGUCGACUGUCAAGUGCUCUGAUGGGGAGUGGAAUGGAUAGGGGAACCAAUGAAAUGCCUAGACUGUGUGAGAAUGCCCUGUCCAUAAAGUUCCCAGCUGCGCCUGAAUCGACUAGCGCCUUACACUGGGGAACUACAAUGUGAUCAGGAAAGUGGAGCUGUCGUCCUCCGCUCUCUCGGAUCGCGGCUCCACCCAGCUCCAUUAGCUCGUGAUCCGAGUCGGCUGGGGUGGGAACGGGCAGACCCCCUCCAGGACGUCCUCUGGCCGCCAGCAGGUUGUCCAAAUGGAUGCCCAUGUCCACCAGUUGCGUGAAGGACAACAUGGUGUCCCGGCAAGCUAGCUCCCUUCGGAUGUCCUCCCGGAGAUUGCACCGGAAUUGGUCGAUAAGGGCCCGCUCGUUCCACCCGGACCCAGCUGCUAGAGUCCAAAACUCCAAGGCAAAGUCCUGCGCAGUCCUCAUCCCCUGCCUCGGGUGGACCAGCCGCUCACCCGUCUCUUGACCUUUGGCCGUGUGAUCUAAGACAGCCCGAAAGAGGCGAGCGAACUCCCCGUAGUUGUCCAACGUGGCUCCUCCUUCGUUCCAGACCAUGUUGGCCCACUCCAGGGCUUUCCCCGAGAGGCAGGAGACGAGGGCGGACACCUUCUCCCGCUCCGAUGGGGCCGGCCUGAUGCUGGAGAAGUAGAGCUCCAAUUGGAGGAGGAAUCCUUGGCAGAGAGCAGCUGUCCCGUCAAACUCCCGUGGUCGGGAUAUAUGGAUCCCUCUGGGUGCUGGGGUGUGAAUGGCUGGAUCCGGUUGCCCAGCUGGUCUCGACAGAUUGGGUCCUCUCCUCUCCAGGCAUUGGACGACCUGGAGAACCCGAUCCAUCGCUUCUCCCAAGCUGGCUAGCAUUGUUGAAUGCUCCUGGACCCGUGCCAUGACUCCAGGCAUGCGCUCCUCUCCCGCUGACUCCAUAGUUUGGGUGGGUGAUUCUGUGAUGCGUGAUUUGAAGGAUUCAGGCGCAGGAGGGUAAAUCACAGUAUACAGAGUUGAUUCCGUAAUCCAGCAUAACCAGUCUAGUGCGCAAAACAGGCGCACUGGAACAAACAUGCACACGGGGAAAAUACCCCGGCAAGACAAAAUACUGAGCUCAAUAUGGAGCGGAUAUGGAGCGGCAGUGGCUAGAAGGCCGGUGACGACGAACGCCGAAGCCUGCCCGAACAAGGAGGGGAGGCAGCUUCGGAGGAAGUCGUGACAGUAUCCUAACAUAUUUUUUACUUUUUCUUAUUUCAUUUAACCUUUAUUUAACUAGGCAAGUCAGUUAAGAACAAAUUCUUAUUUACAAUGAUGGCCUACCAACAUCAUUACACAUCACGGCACAGAUUUGGGGUGUUCUCGCUAGAAGCGCUGGUCCUCUUACAUUUUUAUUCCAGGUUGCACAUUUAAAUAUUUAAGGGCAUAUCCGAUGGUUUGCUCUGCCCAUACAGUCACGAGAAUGUCUUAAAUUGAAGGGAAAAGUGAGAUCCGAACACAGUGCAGAAAGAAUGCGGCCAACUUGCAUGCAUUUUAAUACCAGGUGUAAUUGCAAGUAAAUGCGAGGCCAGAGUUCAGAAUGUAAUGCUGUCUGGAUAGGGAUAACGCAAGGUGUAAAUGGGGUCAGUGUGUACAGUUUCUUAUAUGUUUUUUGCAUACUCAAUUGAGAGUGUGUUCCAGGUGUUAUGCAGUAGAUACUGUAGGUAGAUUAGUGGUAGGUCACAGAUAGACAAUACACUUUCACUUCCACACCUCAUCCCUAGGGGCAGUAGCAUCCGGGUCCAGGUGCUGUGCCAGACUUGUUGAUUGGCACGCCAAUGAGUCAUUCUAAUUAGCAUAAUAACAUCCCCAUCAACAUCUGUCUGUUUAAGCUAAAGAAAUCUGGUUUUGUGCAUGGGCUGUGUCUCAAUCCACCGCAUCCGCCGAUGUCGGCCUUCCGCAUCUUUGGUGGAAUGUGGCAGAGCUACAGCAGUGUUUUCCAGACCAUAAGACAUCCUGAAAAUAGGUAGUCUCACGAAAACGUCUGUUGCGUCUGGACGGUUUGUGCUAAAAACUCGAUGGUGUUCUCUGGUUUGCUCUACAACCCCCACAAGCUUCACGGGACUCAUCUGAAGUCGGUCCCGCCAAUGUGCCAACUUCAGUCUGUAGAGUCCAAACGGUUUGGGCUAUCGAAAGCUGAGACACUAAUGAACACCUACGAAGGCACUCACAAUAUAUAUAUAUAUAUAUAUAUAUAUAAGUUUUGAGUGAGGAAAAGAAGGGUUCAAUUCUGGCUUUACUGGCAAAGGGAUACAGUGAGCGUCAGGUUGCUUCCAUCCUUAAAAUUUCAAAGACGGCGGUUCAUAAGAACAAGGUCAAGCAGCAGACAUUGGGGACAACAAAGCUACAGAACGGCAGAGGGCGAAAACGACUCUCUUCUGACCGGGAUGACCGCCAACUCAUUCGAAUGUCACUCAACAACCGUAGGAUGACAUCAAAUGACCUACAAAAAGAAUGGCAAACGGCAGCUGGGGUGAAGUGCACGGCGAUGGCAGUUCGAAACAGGCUCCUAGGGGCAGGGCUGAAGUCGUGCAAAGCUAGAAAAAAGCCCUUCAUCAAUGACAAGCAAAGAAAAGCUAGGCUGAGGUUUGCAAAAGACCAUAUGGAUUGGACCGUAGAGGACUGGAGUAAGGUCAUCUUCUCUGAUGAGUCCAAUUUUCAGGUUUGCCCAACACCUGGUCAUCUAAUGGUUAGACGGAGACCUGGAGAGGCCUACAAGCCACACGCACUGUGAAAUUUGGUGGAGGAUCGGUGAUGAUCUGGGGGUGCUUCAGCAAGGCUGGAAUCGGGCAGAUUUGUCUUUGUUGGUUUUUCCAGCAGGACAAUGCGCCAUGCCACACAGCCAGGUCAAUCAAGGUGUGGAUGGAGGACCACCAGAUCAAGACCCUGUCAUGGCCAGCCCAAUUUCAAGACCUGAACCCCAUUGAAAACUUCUGGAAUGUGAUCAAGAGGAAGAUGGAUGGUCACAAGCCAUCAAACAAAGCCGAGCUGCUUGAAUUUUUGCGCCAGGAGUGGCAUAAAGCCUUCAACUGCUCUUAAACACUAGUAAAACUAAAUGCAUGCUUUUCAAUCGAACACUGCUAGCACCCGCCCACCCGACUAGAAUCACCACUCUCGACGGGUCUGACCUAGAGUAUGUGGACAACUACAAAUAUCUAGGUGUCUGGUUAGACUGUAAACUCAACUUCCAGACUCACAUAAAGAAUCUCCAAUCCAAAGUUAAAUCUAGAAUCGGCUUCCUAUUUCGCAACAAAGCCUCCUUCACUCAUGCUGCCAAACAUGCCCUCGUAAAACUGACUAUCCUACCGAUCCUUGACUUCGGCGAUGUCAUUUACAAAAUAGCCUCCAACACUCUACUCAGCAAAUUGGAUGUAGUCUAUCACAGUGCCAUCCGUUUUGUCUCCAAAGCCCCAUACACUACCCACCACUGUGACCUGUACGCUCUUGUUGGCUGGUCCUCACUACAUGUUCGUCGUCAAACCCACUGGCUCCAGGCCAUCUAUAAAUCACUGCUAGGCAAAUCCCCGCCUUAUCUUAGCUCAUUGGUCACCAUAGCAGCACCCACCCGUAGUCUGCGCUCCAGCAGGUAUAUCUCACUGGUCAUUCCCAAAGCCAACACCUCCUUUGGCCGCCAUUCCUUCCAGUUCUCUGCUGCCAGUGACUGGAACGAAUUGCAAAAAUCUCUGAAGCUGGAGACUCUUAUCUCCCUCAAUAACUUUAAGCAUCAGUUGUCAGAGCACCUUACCGAUCACUGCACCUGUACACAGCCCAUCUGAAUUUAGCCCACCCAACUACCUCAUCCCUAUAUUGUUAUUUAAUUUGCUCUUUUGCACCCCAGUAUCUCUAUUUGCACAUAAUCUCUUGCACAUCUAGCAUUCCAGUGUUAAUACUAUUGUAAUUAUUCUGCACUAUAGCCUAUUUAUUGCCUUACCUCCAUAACUUGCUACAUUUGCACACACUGUAUAUAUAUUUUCUGUUGUAUUUCUGACUUUAUGUUUUUUUUUUUUACCCCAUAUGUAACUCUGUGUUGUUUUUAUUGCACUACUUUGCUUUAUCUUGGCCAGGUCGCAGUUGUAAAUGAGAACCUGUUCUCAACUGGCUUACCUGGUUAAAUAAAGGUGAAAUAAAAAAAUAAAUAAAAAAAAUAAAGUCACCCAACAUCAAUGUGAAAGACUGGUGGAGAGCAUGCCAAGACGCAUGAAAGUUGUGAUUGAAAAUCAGGGUUAUUCCACCAAAUAUUGAUUUCUGAACUCUUCCUAAAACAUUAGUAUUGUUUUGUUUAAAAAUGAACAUGAACUUAUUUUCUUUGCAUUAUUCGAGGUCUGACACUGCAUAUUUUUUUGAUAUUUUGACCAGUUGUCAUUUUCUGCAAAUAAAUGCUCUAAAUGACAAUAUUUUUAUUUGGAAUUUGGGAGAAAUGUUGUCAGUAGUGUAUAGAAUAAAACAAAAAUGUUAUUUUUACCCAAAGGACCCCUAGACAUUGCAUUGCUAGUGUAGAGUUAAAGUAGGCUGGCUAGGUGGUUUCGUAACACUUAGCUGGCAAAUAGAGAUACAUUAUGUAUUACACAUUUGUUACAGUUUGACAUUUUUAUUAGGAAUGGAAAGAGGAGCUGUGGUCCAUCUUCAGAGACAGAUCUUAUGAGGAUGGAAAUGAUGAAGACCAGGAAAGGGAUGACGAUGAUGAUGAUGAUGAAAAUAUAUCAUCUUUGUAUGGAAAAGAUGGACGUGGGGCAACCUUAGAAGAACUAAUGGACAGGAAGCACUUCAGAGAAAUUCCAGAGUUCUGUUUAUCAGUCAAGAAAAUAUUUCUAUGUGACACAGUAAGUGACAGUAUCAUGCAAGUUAACCUCCGUGAAGAUUGUGUGCUUUUGUUAGGUUCUUUGGUCUUUGUCAAAGUGUUAUUUUAAGAAGAAAACGUGUUUUUUUCAUCAAUGCGUAUAAUGAUGCUUUAUUACAAUUACAGGCUGAAGAACUCUCUGAAAAGAUAACUUGUUACACACGGAGUGACACACAGAGUGAAACAUUUAAAAGACAGUAUUGGCCGCUUGUGAAGUGUAUAACCGUCAAGGUGCCAAACUCCAAAGACCUGCUGGAGCAUGUUGUGCUGGUUGACCUUCCAGGCAAUAGAGACUGCAACAAGAGCAGAGAUGAGAUGUGGAAAUCGGUAAUUAUUUACAAUUCUUAUUGAUGAUGAUUCCAUGUUCUGCUUAGAAUUGUAUUCAUGCAACUUCUAAUUUGGUUGGUGUUAGAUCAACAUCAUAGGUACAGGGCAAAUGGCUGGCUAUAUCUAUGUAUUUUAGUUCAUUUAUAUUUAUGUACAAUUGAUUAAUAAAUACAAAUUAUAUAGGCAUAGCUGCGGAAAGUAGUUUGGGAUGCAGAAGAAAAAAAAUUGCCUGCGCUGAAGACGUCUAUAUCGGUCCCUAAUACAGGACUAGUAAAGGCCCAGUGCACUACUUUUGUGAAAAAAUGUUAACUAAAUGUAUUUAAGUGUUUAACAGCAUUUGAUAACAAAACAGUUAAUCUUAUAAUACAGGUGGAAUAUAAAAAUACUUGCUUAAUAUAGCCUAUGUUUUCCAGUUUCUUGAAAUACGUUGCUAAUGCAAACUUAUUUCUAUGUGAAAACUGAAAUUCCUUUCCCAUUUUAGUAGACUCUCUUCUCCAGAGCAACUUCCAGUAGUGAGUGCAUACAUUUUCAUACUGGUCCCCUGUGGGUAUCGAAACCACAACCCUAGCAUUGCAAGCGCCAUGCUCUACCAACUGAGCCACAUCAUCACAUCACAUCAUCACAAACCACUUGAUGUCUCAAUGUGCUCAAUUACUGUAUUGUGCAUUGUUUUUCUUCAUGUUGAUGGAAAGUCUACAGGUACAAACCUAGCUGACCAGCCUAUGUAUAAUACAGUAAUGUAUAUUUACAUUAAGUGGUUUGUAAGGAUGGUACAUUAAUACUGCACAAAAGGUGGUUGUUUUCUAUGUUAUUUGAAAAAAUAUAUAUAUUUAAUUUGAUGUGGAUGCUUUGUGUCUUUGCCUAUAACUUUGCACCUUUUGAUGUAAAUGUUUGAGGACAGGAUUUUGUUCAUUCUGGAUUCCAUUAGAAUGACAAUAGCAGAGAAAGGGACAGGGCAACAACUCUUACAAUUCAAACUAUAAUCCUGCAAGAUACUGUUCUUAAUUAUAUAACUACUUUUUUUGCCAAAGCAGAGGUGCUGAAAAAAUGUAUUAGCCUUUUUUUCUCCAAAUAUAAGUAAUUAUUUUUUGAAACCAUUUAAAAAGAAAAUGCACCCUCAGCACCCCUACUUCCCCUGGCUAUGUAUGUAGGCCUAUGAAAGCUAUGUAUGUAGGUGUCACGCCCUGGCUCUGGGACUCUGUUAUGUUGAGCCAGGGUGUGUUGUUUCUAUGUGUUUUGUGUUCUAGGUUGAUUAUCUAGCUCAUGUGUUUCUGUGUUGGCCGGGGUGGUUCUCAAUCAGAGGCAACGAGUAUCAGCUGUUGCUUGUUGUCUCUGAUUGGGAACCAUACUUAGGCAGCCUGUUUGCCACAGUGUUUUGUGGGAUCUUGUUCUGUGUUGGUUUUGUAUUGUAACCAAGGACUUCACGUUAUCGUUUUGUUCGUGUGGUGAAUCUGAAUAAAAGUAUGUUCACUUAUCACGCUGCGCAUUGGUCCACUCUUCAACGAUCGUGACAGAAGAUCCCACCAUAACUGGACCAAGCAGCGUGUCCAGGAGCCAACGCCAGAGGUGAAUCUAAUGGAUGUCCACCUCGACUGGGUCAAGCAGCGUGUCCAGGAGCCAAUGCCAGAGGUGACUCUAAUGGAUGUCAACCUCGACUGGGUCAAGCAGCGUGAGGAGGAGAGAGGUUGGACUUGGGAGCAGAGGAUGGAGAGUCUGGAGAGAGCCAUGGAGGCCAUAGCCACGGGGGAGAGACAAACCCAAUACAUUUUUAGGGGGGGGCUCACAUCGUGGACGACGGGGCUGCUGGAGGCAGAUAAGGGGCGAGUUAGUGGACGAGGAGAGAAGGCCACCGGGUUACGGGAGCCAUUGGCGAGUAGAGGGAAGGAACAUGUAGAGGCACGGCGAGAGGUACUGAGGUGUGUUGCCAGUCCGGUCCGGCCCGUUCCUGAUCCCCGGGUAAGGCCAGUGGUGUGUGUUCCCAGUGCGGUCCGGCCUGUUCCUGUCCCUCGCACCAAGCCUGUGAUGCGCGUCGCCAGCCCGGUCCGGCCUGUUCCUGCCUCUCGCACCAAGCCUAUGGUGCGCGUCGCCAGCCCGGCCCGGCCUGUUCCUGCUCCCCGCACCAAGCCUAUGGUGCGCGUCACCAGCCCGGCCCGUUCCUGCUCCCCGCACCAAGCCAAUGGUGCGCGUUGCCAGCCCGGCCCGGCCCGGCCUGUUCCUGCUCCCCGCACCAAGCCAAUGGUGCGCGUCGCCAGCCCGGCCCGGCCUGUUCCUGCUCCCCACACCAAGCCUGUAGUGCGCUUCGUCAGCCCGAUUCGGCCCGUCCCUGCUCCCCGCACCAAGCCUGUAGUGCGCUUCAUCAGCCCGGUUCGGCCCGUCCCUGCUCCCCGCACCAAGCCUGUGGUGCGCGUCGUCAGUCCGGCACAGCCCGUGCCUGGGUCACCGGUGCCUGGUCAGGUACCGGUCAGCUGCUCCACAUCGGAGCCCAAGCAAUCCGCUCCACCGAUGUCCAGUCCAGCUCCAGCCAGCGGGGCCAGACCGGACCAGGGGCGCUACGGAGGGUGGUGGUCAAGCCCGGAGCCGGAACCGCCUCCGAGGAGGAAUGCCCACCCGGCCCUCCCCUGUUUGGUUUAUGUUUGGCGCGGUCGCAGUCCGCGCCUUUGGGGGGGGGGGGGGGGGGGUACUGUCACGCCCUGGCUCUGGGACUCUGUUAUGUUGAGCCAGGGUGUGUUGUUUCUAUGUGUUUUGUGUUCUAGGUUGAUUAUCUAGCUCAUGUGUUUCUGUGUUGGCCGGGGUGGUUCUCAAUCAGAGGCAACGAGUAUCAGCUGUUGCUUGUUGUCUCUGAUUGGGAACCAUAUUUAGGCAGCCUGUUUGCCACAGUGUUUUGUGGGAUCUUGUUUCGUGUUGGUUUUGUAUUGUAACCAAGGACUUCACGUUAUCGUUUUGUUGUUUUUUUUCGUGUGGUGAAUCUGAAUAAAAGUAUGUUCACUUAUCACGCUGCGCAUUGGUCCACUCUCUUCAACGAUCGUGACAGUAGGCCUAUGAAAGCUAUGUUUGAUAUGAAUAAUAUAUUGUGUAUAUUACACCUUUACUGUUGGAACGUUUUAAGUUAAUGUUACACUUCUACAGUUUGUUGGAAACUGCUCUGCUGUGUGGAUUAUAAGUGGCAUUGCAUGAGCAUCUUCAGAAAAGGAAUCAUGGGAGAUUUUAGACAGCACCGUGAGCCUGUUUGGACCUGGUGGAGAAUGUCGAUGCAUCAGUUUCAUCUGCACCAAGACAGACGACAUUGAGGAGAAUCAAAAGGCUGAUGCACGUACCUGUAUUUAGCGCAGAAAUGAAACAACCAAGAAGCAAGUGGGGGACAAAUUCAACAAACAAAAAUAAAUGAAGGUAAAUGAUGUCUGACAUAAAGGAGUAUUCUGUGACUUGUCAACAUGCUAAUACUCUAUGUUGUAGCGGUGAAUAUUUAGUAAUUUCAUGGAAUUCCAUGAGAGCAAAAUUACAUUGUACCGUAAAGCUUUUCAUCAGACAUUUUUGUUGUAUACAGAACAAACAAUUGAGUAAUAGGUACAUAUUUUUAUUUAUAAUAAGUUAAGACAGUUAUUCUAAUCUGGUAUUUAUCAGUCAUAUUCUUCAAAAUCUUCAAAAUAUAUUUGAUUACUUUAAAUUUGUUGAAGCACAACUCCUUGCAUGAGCACAAUGCACAAUGGUUAGACCUUGCAAAAUGUCAGUGUGUGGACUUAAUUGAAUUGGCUGUCAUUGUCUCAUAAACGCCUUUCAGAAACACUUCAGUGGGGGAAAGGAUUUCCUUCAGGUGUUUACUGUGAGUUCCAUGGAAUACCAAAAGGAAAAGCAUUUGCCACAAGAAGAGACCGGUACAAUAACUGAACGUGUUUUUGUAUUCUAGGACAUACACUCUUAGAAAAAACCAUACAGGGUUCUUCGGUUUGUCCCCACAGGGAAACUAUUUUUGGUGCUGGGUAGAACCCUUUGCAGAGGGUUCUAUCUAGACCUCUCUAUGUUGGGUUCUUCAAAGAACCCCUGUAUAUGGUUCUACCUAGAACUCUCUAUGAGGGGUUCUGCCUAGAACCCUCUAUGAAGGGUUCUGCCUAGAACUCAUUUUAUCUGUGGAGGGUUCUGUCUAGAACUCAUUUUAUCUGUGGAGGGUUCUUGCUAGAACCAUCUAUGAAUGGUUCCACCUGCUUUAUUAGCCUUAUUAGCCUUUAAUUGUUAUUAUUUAUAACAACACAUGAAAUAUAUCAUAAAGCCUUUAUUUGAGGGCCUAGUUAUACCCUGACACAGUGGUGUUAGGAAUCUCCUGGUUUACAGGCCACAUCAGGCCUGCAAGUCACAUUAUGCUGUAGCUCAGUUGGUAGAGCAUGGCGCUUGCAAUGCAAGGGUUGUGGGUUCGAUUCCCACGGGGGGCCAGUAUGAAAGAUGUAUGCACUCACUAAUUGUAAGUCGCUCUGGAUAAGAGCGUCUGCUAAAUGACUAAAAUGUCAAUUGGAUCACUAAAAUGCUGGUUUGCAAAGUGAUGUAUAAUUCCUAUUGGAAUCCAGCCAGAGUUAGGAUAUCCAACAAGUGGAAUUGUUAAUCACCCGCAACCUGCAUUCAGAAUGACUGCCAGGGUAGGGAAGACUGAAUACUGAGACUACCUCAAUCAUCCAAACUGGAACAACCAUCUCAGUAACAGGUACAAUAAAUCCAACAGAUUGGAUACGUUUAGAAAACUGUAUGUUAUUUAUGUUUGUGUAGCAUAAAAUGUAUCAACAAAUCAAUGCCACGUUCAGUUAUUGAUAAUGCAAAGAAAACCAGAUAUUACAGUAAAACAAACAAUUCUGAAAAUCUCCCUGCAAUAGAGCAUGCUGGGAAAUAUUACAUAUGGUUCUAUGUAGAACCCCUUCUUACCUGCCAAAGAAUCAUUUUGUAUUCCAUAGAAUCAUCUAAGAACCCUUUCUUCCAAAAACGGUUCUUAGGAUGUUAAAGUUUCUUGGUAGAACCCUUUGCCUUACAAAGAACCAUUGUCUUCCAAAAAGGGUUAUUAUUAUCAAACGGUUCUUGGUAGACCCAUAUCCCGCCGCAAAUAACACUUUUGUAACCCUUUUUUCUAAGCAUGCAGAGACAGAUUACAUCUAAUUGUGUCCUGUAUUUAUAUACCAAUGCUUUCUUUGAGAUUCUUUGUGUGUAUUGUAUUGUAUUGUAAACUGCUUUACAUAGCAACAAACUUCACCUAAGCAGAAUACCUAUUUCAAAAUUACCUUUAGUAUUGAUGGGAAUGUUUCUGUAAACUAUUAGACAAACAAAGUUAAUUACACACGGGACGAACAUGGAGGCAUAAUUAAACAUUGGUACAUCGUUGUUGCUAGGCAAGAACUUAAUGAAUUCCUCUCACUAGGUUUGUGUGUGUGUGUAAAAUGGGCAUCUGACCUGUCAUUGGGUCAAAUUCUACAGUUGUAUUAUAUUAUCUGUGACUGCAACCAGACUAUGACCCUGUGGCUUUCCUUAGGCAUAUACCUGGAAUGAGCCAGGGUUGAACAGAGUUCAGGCUAAACUCUUUGGCUAUCUUCUUGAUUGAUUACAGCAUGACGGGGUAGGUUUGGGGACGUUUGAAAGAUUGAGUGUGGACCUGUCAUGUCCAACAAUCGAUCUUCAGGUCAAGCCAGGGUGAGCCGGGGUUGAACAGAGUUUAAACAAACCAUGAUUAUUUGUACAUGACAAGGUCUUAAUUGAUGGUGGUUGGGGAACACAACAGGGAGGGUUUUUUAGUUAAAAUGUAUGUGUGUAUGACUAUAUAAAUGGAGAGCGGAGCGGUAGAUCCUCUCGGCUUCCGUUACUCUGUGUAAUAAAAGUCUAUCUUGAUUCUACAAAAACUCUGGAAGAACUUUGAUUUUUAAAGUAUAGUGAUAAUUUUCCACAUCAGUAUCUGUCAAAUUAAAACAUGCAAAAUGUCCUAGUCAAGAACAACUCCAAGUGUAACCUGGACAAUAUGAUAGUCAAUAAUGCAGGUUCUUGUUUUCUAUCAAAUAUUUUGGGUAAUGUGUAUACAUACAGCAUGCUAAGUUACCCUCAACAUUUCACUCUAUUGUAAGCAGAUUCAUCUUCUAGGCAAAGAAUAUCUUGCACUUUUGACGCCUACUAAGUACUGAUUAUGCCCAUGAUCAAUAAUUGAGUUAAUCAAACUGAAACAGAAAUAUGAUCAAGUCUUGAAUCCAGGAUAAAUAAUAGCAUCAAAAUAAUGCUGACACCAACCAAAGGUAGAAAUAAAUGUAUUGUUUUUAACUGAUGUUGCAGAAAUACCCAAACUUCACGAAUUACUCAAAAAUCUCAAUGAUCGUCGCACAAAGACUUCAGAUUAUGUUUCUGGAGCCUAUGGGAUCCUCUCUCUGAUACAAGGAGCCAAAAGCAGUGACAUGGUAUUGUACUUUCAGCAGAACAAUAGUAUUUAUCUCAGUUAACAUACCCCUAACAUGUGAAUCAGUGUAUUAUAUUGAUUAUGUUGAGUUUGGAUUUCAGACAGACAGCAAAGAAGAGGUGUGCCAGGUUCUGGAACAGAGGCUCAAGGAGGAGAUCAAGUCCAUUGGUCAAACUAUGGAUGAGGCUUAUGAGACUUUUGAACGAUGCCUCUCAGAAGGAGUUCAACAGUCAGAAAAAUCAUGCGAGAAAUUAAUGAAUAAA